AUGAGCUCUUGUAGAAAUAGACUUAUAAUUGAGGCUAGGGAAGCUCAAAAAUAUUCUGAUAGUGAUAUAAAAUUGGGACCCAGGGAUGAUAAUUUACAUGAAUGGGUAGCUAAAAUUAUUGGUCCUAUAGGUUCUCCUUAUGAAAAUGGAAUCUUUGAACUUAAUUUCAAAAUACCACCACAAUAUCCACUAUUUCCACCCUCUGUAAUAUUUGUAACUCCAUUGUUUCAUCCAAAUGUAAACUUUCAGACAGGUGAACUUUGUUUAGAUGUGAUAAAAAACAACUGGAGUCCAGCAUGGACUCUACAAUCUGUUUGCAGAGCAAUUACUGCUUUAUUAUAUGAUCCGAAUGCAGAAAGCCCUCUUAAUUGUGAUGCUGGAAAUAUUAUAAGAUCAGGGGAUAUGAAGGCUUUUAACAAUAUGGCUAAGAUGUAUGUGAUUGAAUAUGCUCAAGAGAAAUAA